UGUACAGUGAAGUCGCCACUAUGGCCGCCCGUGGGACUGGCCACGGAGCGGCUGCCGGCUCCCAGCGCGACGGGGAGGAGGAUGUAGAGCGGUCGGAUUUAAAGGGGAAUCGCGCUGCAGGCGAUGCCCAGGGGCCCCGACGGCCGGCGCCCGGGGCCAGAGUGCCGCUGACACCGCUCCGCACGCAGCCGGCCGGCAUGACGGGAGCCGCCGUUGCGGGCCGCCCGCGGGGGCGAGGCGGGAGCGCGGAGUGAAGGGAGCAGCCCCCCGGCCCGGCCCUCACGAUGAACUCCUCGGCGGACGGCAACCAGAGCAGCCGGCCCUUCUGCCUCCUGGCCGUCAACUACCUGGAGACCCUGGACUUCUGCCUGUUGGAGGUGAUGAUCAUCGUCUUCCUGACGGUGCUGAUCAUUUCGGGCAACAUCGUUGUCAUUUUCGUCUUUCACUGCGCCCCCCUGCUGAACCACCACACCACUAGCUACUUCAUCCAGACGAUGGCGUACGCCGACCUCUUGGUGGGGGUGAGCUGCCUGGUCCCCUCGCUGUCCUUACUCCACUACCCUCUCCCGCUGGAGGAAUACUUGACCUGCCAGAUCUUCGGCUACGUGGUGUCCGUCCUGAAGAGCGUCUCCAUGGCCUCCUUGGCCUGCAUCAGCGUGGACAGGUACAUCGCCAUCACCAAGCCCCUGACCUACAACACGCUGGUCACCCCGUGGCGGCUGCGCGUCUGCAUCCUGGCCAUCUGGCUGUACUCCUCGACGGUCUUCCUGCCUUCCUUCUUCCGCUGGGGCAAACCGGGCUACCACGGCGACGUGUUCGAGUGGUGCGCCAGCUCCUGGCUGACCGAUCCCUACUUCACCCUGUUCAUCGUGCUGCUGCUCUACGCCCCCGCGGCCCUGGUCGUGUGCUUCACCUACUUCAACAUCUUCCGCAUCUGCCAGCAGCACACCAAAGAGAUCAACGAGAGGCGGGCGCGCUUCAGCGGCCCGAGCGGGGAAGCCGGCGAGGCGCAGGCCUGCCCGGACAAGCGCUACGCCAUGGUCCUGUUCCGCAUCACCAGCGUCUUCUACAUCCUCUGGCUGCCCUACAUCGUCUACUUUCUGCUGGAGAGCUCGGCCUUCUACCGCAACCGCACGGCCUCCUUCCUGACCACCUGGCUGGCCAUCAGCAACAGCUUCUGCAACUGUGUCAUCUACAGCCUGUCCAACAGCGUCUUUCAGAAGGGGCUCAAGCGCCUCUCGGGGGCCGUGUGUGCCUCCUGUGCCGGGCGGAGGGCGGCCGCGGACUCUUGUACCCCCAGGAGCAAAGGCCCCCCCAAUGGGUGCCACGUUUGAACCAGCUCACUGUGUGUGCGCGUGCGUGGGCGCGCGCGUGCGUGCGCGUGCGUUCGUUCGUGCGGGGGUGGCCUUGGGUGGGCAUUUGUGUUUCUGUCGGGGUGUUUUCUGAUUUUUGUAUCUCUAGUCCGUGGGGAGAUUUGGGAUGAGACCAUGUAAAUAGACUCAAUAAAUGAAAAUGUCAAACACACACACACAGACACCCACCCCCACACAGACACCCACGCACCCACACCCCACCUCCCAGGUUCGCAAAAAAGAGACCUUCCUCAGCAGGGCCACUGGACCAGAAGAACUGAGAGCCGUGAACAUAAACUGCCGUGCUCGUUUUUUAAAUGUCACGGCAGUGACUCCAGCUCUCUCGGUCUUAAUGAAUAAAGCUGUCCCCCCCACCCCAACACCUCUCUCCAGCUGGCAUGACUGAAUUCGGGCAUAGGGGAAUUUCAGCAACAACAGAAAAAUUCAUAUUUUGUGGCUUUACUGGAUCCUGUCCAGCUCUGUGUGCUUCAUCCGUAAAUGGUUUUAACAGGGAAUAUUAUUAUGCCGUGGUGAAUUACAGGGAUUUUUUGUGUAUGCCAAAGUUUAACUGCACUGCGAGUUUCAACCCUGUCAGUUAGGGGGCCAAAUGUUUUAUGUCUUUCCUUCCUAGAGAGAUCUCUAGGUGGAAUAAUGUGAACACUUGAACAAUAACUUAAAAAAAAAAACUUUGCAAUGAGCCAUGGAUGCGAUCGGUGCAAUGAAAUCGGAAUAUUUAUAGAGUCCUGUGCAGGUCACUGUGCCCUGUUUCACGGAUAUCUAAUAGAACCGUGCACUUGAAGGUGAUUGAACGAUCAAAUUUGCAUUUUUGUAUGUGUGUGUGUGCGUGUGCGUGUUUGUGUAUGUAUUUGGAUCAGGCCAAACUUCUCUCUAAUAAGAAAAUGUAUUUUAUUAAAGCAAGACACAGUUCUGCAUAAUGUCAGAGAGUUUUGGACACACUUUUGAUAACGGUGACAAGAUUUAAAAAUUUAUCCUCGAACGGUCCUCUCGUAACUACCAGUCCCCUCCUUUUUUCCAAAGAGGUUGGAGACAUUGCCAAGGAUAUGCAUCAAGACAGUGACUAUAUUAUUAGCAGCUGAGGGAGGAAAGAUGUACAUCUAACUCGAAAAGAACAGAAGACAAGUAACUUGAGGCAUUUCUAUCAUCUCUCCUCCCCCAUCUAAAUGGUGUCUAAAAAUAUAGCAGCUCCUAAUUCUUUUUGAAAAGCCUCUGUCUUUAGCUGGUACAGUAACAGAGAAAGUUUGGAGGAUUCUGCAUCUGGAAGGGGGCAAAGGGAAAUCUGGCCAAGCUUGAGCUGUUUCACUGAUGUCUUAAUGCUUUAAAUGUGCUUAGUACAGUGCUCCGCACACAGUAAGCGCUCAGUAAGUAGCACUGAUUGAUCAAGUUGCAGAAUUGAGUGUUCUCUCUUGGGCCGCAAUGUUCAGGAAAAAUCUUUUGGGAUAUUUGCCUGCGUAUAAACAGCCUUUCUAGCUAAAGCAUGAGCAGAAUCUGUUGGUUCGACUAUUGAUUUGGUAGAAUUACUCUAGAGAGGCUGCCGCGUGCUUUUAUUUUCUUUUAAAAUUUGGUCGUCUUAAUGUUGGCUUAGUUGUUCUCUACCUACGCUCGGCUGAUCUGUUGAGUUUAUGUGAUGUCUUUUCUCAUUGUCUCUCUGCCUUCUCGGUUGUGUUUGCUAACUAUACCAACAUCUUCAUUACCCUUGAGUUUUCAAUGCCACUGUCUGAGUAAUUUAUUGGAAUCUUGGACUUGAUUGUCUUCAGGGGAAAGGAAGAAGGGAGAGUGAAGGAUUCCAAGGUUAGCCGUUCCUCAGAAGCUUGAGGUUCUGAAGUCUUUGGGGUGAGCUUUGGCACUUUCUGGGAAAUAGAUACUUACACUGCAUUUGGUGGGGUGAUAAGGACUGUGGUUGUAAAGCUCACUGAGAUGGAAGAAACCAAAGGAAAUGGAUUAAAACAGACUUCUGACUGUCAGGAUUACGUCCCAGUUUAAAGGAAAAUAACAGGUGUUUCAGGUUGGAUUUUACUCCCCCCACCCAAGUAAAUCCAUGCAAAGAAAACCCCUCAAGGUUUUGUAUGCUAAAGUUUAAUUUUCUUUAAUCAAGAGAAACUUUUUUCCAACGUAGAAUGUGUUUCAUUUUGAUAUUCAGAACAAUCCUUGACCAUAAGUAACCUUAAACAGCCGUGACUGAUGGAGCACGGGUCUCCUGUUUCUUCUCAAUAGUCUGCUUGCCAUUCCCGUUUAGUAGGACCAAAUCUUGGGUUUCAAGUGAUGUGAAACGGAAGGUGAGACUUGUGACUCUUCUGAAUGUGUGUUAGGAGAAAACAACGCAGAGCAUGAUAUGCUUUGAGAUAUCUGGGGAGCAGCACGGGCCUGGGACUCCGAAGGUCAUGGGUUCUAAUCCCGGCUCUGCUACUUGACUUGGC